AAAGGUGUCAUAUUAAUCCCUAUUUCAACAAGUUAAUCUAGUUCCCUGGUGUCCUAAUGUAAUGUCUGUGACAUGCUUUGGUCAAAAUACCAUAAGGAUGAAGCACAAUAGCAGUUCAAUCACCCUGCCAAAACAGCCCUGUUCAGAGCGCUCGGAUUUGAGUGCCUGUCUCUUUAAAUGCAAAUGAGACACAGGUAAUCCACCCACUUCUUCCAGGAGGUGUGCCGACGUCGGCACGCUCACGCUACCAUGACAACAGUUGAACGUGAACCCUGGGAGAAAGAUGGCAGCUGGAAGAAACUUUUCGGUCCAACCUUAUAUGUUUGAACCAGAGUCAGACCCUGAACAAGAAGGAGCUAGCGAAGAAGUUGUUCAAUGUAGACUGCAACAAGACCUUUCUGAAUGGUGUACUUGUGAGAAUUGCACAACAAUGCCUACAGAGCCAGAGAAUGUCUGCUGCAGGGAGGUACCACAGGUAGUACAUGGAUGCUUGUUGAAUGAAAAUGUAACUAUUCAGUCAUAUUAUCUGUCAUCAAACGUCACUUACCCUUUCAAAUUUACAGGCGAUAAGAAGACUAAAUCAGCUUCAAAACCCACCUUCCUGCAUGGUAGACCACCUGGCCUCGAACCAGUGUGUUUAAAUGCAUUCUCACUGCAGAAGGAAGUAAAUAUCUACAGAGCAGACUAUGGGCGUUUACGUCUGAGGGGAAUAGAACACCGUUACAGGUACUUGGCCUAUAGGAGCUUUGUGAGCUGGUGUUGGGGCUUUCUGGGCCGAAGAAUUCGUGUGGUACUGCCCAGCUGUGUGGUGCUGCGUAUACGGGUGGAGUUCCCCAAUGCUCAAGGCAUCUACGUGGGUUUCAGACCGGCCCUUGACUGAACCUUAUCACAUAGC